AUGCCACCCACUACAGAGAGCACCCAAAGUAAACAAUCGAUCCCACCCGCAGGGAUUCCCGAUCUGCGGAAUCGCCUUCCAAAGCUUCAACCUCGAACUCGACAACCUCCUGCAAACCCGCUCGAAGUACCAGAGACACCGAACUUGCCUCCUCCUCCAGACCCAUCAACAUCAACCCUGAGAUUCCAGAAGCCCACAAGGCGGAUCCUCUCACCACACGACCACGAACUCUUCCUAUCAUCUCCGACCUACCAGCUGCUUCUAGCAUUCAUCUUCGGUCUCACAGAUUCAGUCGUAGACACGCCAAUCUCUGCAGUGAAGGACGAUGAUAUCAGCCCCGCAGUACGAAACAUCCUCGAUAUCCUCGACAAGGUGGAAGAUGUCGUGAAUCAAAGCCCGCCCGAAGACCAAGGAGACUCGCGCUUUGGAAACCCAGGGUUCCGGGAUUUCCUCGACUUAGCAGCUAAGGAACAUCCGGAAUGGCAUAAACAGCUUGGCAUCUCGUCCGAUGAUGCGAUUUUAGAGACCUCUACAUAUUUCCUACAAUCAUUUGGCAACGGUACAAGGAUAGAUUACGGUUCGGGCCAUGAGCUGAAUUUCAUGAUCUGGCUGCUUUGUCUCUACCAACUCCGUAUCAUCACCCCAUCCGACUUUCGACCUCUUGUCCUCAAGGUCUUUACUCGAUAUCUUGACCUGAUGAGACUUAUACAAAAAACAUAUUAUCUAGAGCCGGCUGGAUCGCAUGGUGUGUGGGGUUUGGACGAUUACCAAUUCCUCCCCUUCCUAUUCGGCGCGUCUCAGCUGUUGCACCAUCCGUUCAUACGACCGCUUUCGAUACACCAGAGCCUUAUAUUAGAGGAAUAUGGAAACGAUUACUUAUAUCUAAGCCAAGUGAAUUUUGUCAACAGUGUAAAGAAUGUUCAGGGUUUGAGAUGGCAUAGUCCAAUGCUAGACGAUAUAUCUUCGGCAAAGUCUUGGGGGAAGGUGGAAGCGGGCAUGAAGCGUAUGUUCGUGGCUGAAGUCCUUAAGAAACUACCGGUUAUGCAGCACUUUAUGUUCGGGUCACUAGUUCCUGCUGUAGAGGGUAUGAGCAAGGAAGAGGAAGCUGGGGUUCCAGGUGAAGGGGAGGAGACGGAGGGUGGGGAAGUUAUAGUCAUGAAGGAUGGAAUGAAACAUGUCCAUCAGAUGAACAGCUGGGGUGAUUGUUGCGGUAUUAAAGUACCAAGCAGUAUUGCUGCUGCUCAGGAGAUGAAAAAGCGGAUGGGUGGAGGAGACGGGCUCCGGCGGAUUCCUUUUGAUUAG